AUGAGCGGUAGCUCUAGCCAGUCUACUCGUACGAGUCCAGGGUCUUUUGGAACCACGCAACUCACCGAGUCCGUGUCAUCUGGUUCAUCGCCCCCACAGCAGUCGCUCCCGUCCUCUUCUCAGGCGCCGUUGUCGUCUCAGCAUGCGAUGUCGACCGACGUGUAUAGCCCGACUGCGUCGCAAACGCCAUCUCUGAACACUUUCGCCUACCCCUUUUCCCCCAUCGGUACCUCCGCCUCCUUCGACAACAACAUGCGCUUGGGGGACUCCGAUCGCAAUAUGCAGGGUCUGAAUGGCCUGGGUCGCGCCGGUAACGGAGGCGCGAUUCUCAUGCGCAAGCUGCCCCGAAACACCAGUCGCGAAGCGCUCCGCAGCAUGCUACUGUUCGCCAAAGACUUUGUGGACGCGGAUUUCAUCCCCCUGGAUCUGCCAGAAGACGAGGGAUUCUUGACCGCGAUCGCGCGCUUUAUAUCACUCCCCGCUGCCGAAGAGGCCAGAAAUCUCCUCGAUGGCAAGCCCAAUUCCAAAAAUGACGCCAACAUGAUCGUGGAAAUGUACCCGGGCCCCAUGGCAUCGAACCUGUCGAACGCGCGUCGCAACACCAUCGACCACACUGCGAGCCGUGCGCUGAUGGGGGUCUCUUCGAACGGUCCUCUUGCGCGCCAGUCCUCGCGAUUCAAUGGUACUUUCCAGAGCCUCGAGAGACUUUCCAACGCAAACCCCAAUCAGGCCAUCGGCGACGGUCUCCAUCAAAAUGAAACGGGAUCGCGUAUGCACAGCCUUUUCUCCCCACAUUCUCCGAUCGGAAACGGCAUCGAUAACUUGCCUCGCAUAACCGGCAAGUCCAUGAUUGAUGAGGACCCAGACGAGGAGACUGGUGAGCUACUCAAAGAUCCGGUAGGAUAUGCAGAGAAUGGCCAUACCACCGGUAUCUCCGCUGGGCGCCGGGCGACCAACCCAUCGAUUCCGACCAACCGCUUCGCAAACUUGUCCUUGUCGACCAACAUGUCAUCUCCGCCUUUGCCCAACUAUCCAUCAGGUGGUGGGCAGCGCAUGGGCAGUGGAACCCCCUCAUCUGCAUACCCCAACCAGGGUCAUAAUUUCCCGUACAACGCUCAGCACACGCCGCGCCAUAGCCUUCCCGCUGCGAACCCUAAUGAUCUGAACCCACCUUGCAACACAUUGUACGUGGGUAACUUGCCACCGGACACCUCUGAAGAGGAGCUCAAGGCACUCUUCUCCAAACAGCGUGGGUAUAAACGACUCUGCUUCCGCAACAAGCAGAAUGGUCCCAUGUGCUUUGUUGAGUUCGACGAGGUCGCCAUGGCGAGCAAGGCUCUUAAUGAACUUUAUGGCUACAAGUUGUCAAACAGCGUGAAGACUGGUAUCCGUCUCAGUUUCUCAAAGAACCCGCUCGGUGUUCGCUCCGGUCAACCAGGUAGCAUGAACUCAUCCAACUCGGUCUCUGGACAAGGCGCAGUCCCCGGAGGCAGCAACUUGAGUGGAAUUCAUAACAACAUGUUCUCCGCUGUCAACGGCCCCCCUCCAGGCCUGGCAGCACCCCCUGGCCUUGGCAUGUCCCUUCCCGCCCCGCCCAUGCGUCACGGGAACAACAUGCACACCCCGGUCAACCCACACGCCGGGUUGAUGAACAACAACGCUUCUUACAACCCAAACUCGGGUCUUGGCAUUCGGAACGGAGCCAACUCUAUGAUGAUGUCGCCUCCGCCUCCUGGAAGCGCCGGUGGAAACGGCAACGCGACACCAAACCUCAAUGGCUAUAAUUCUUUCUACCCCGACUACAUGAUGGGCCGUUAA